GAUGGCGACAGCCGACCAUCAUGCAAAUAUGGCAAGGGGGGCCCUGUGGGCCCCCGUGGUGCAGGGGCCUGGUUGCCAUGGCGACUUCUGCAACCUCUAUAGCUACGGCACUGGCGGCUGAUAAUUCACUCAUUCGAGAGGGGGAGGGGCCCAAUCGGUAUUGCGGUAUUGGAAAAAUUCAUAUCGUGCAGGAAAAAAAUUUUGGUAUUGAGUAUAAACCGGUAUACCGCCCAGCACUAUUCUAUGAGAAAUACUUCAUUUUCUAGAAAAAUUUCAGGGGUGCCAACAUUUAUGCCAUGACUAUAUGAGCCCAGUGAUCAGCUGAUGAUCAAGCUUUUACUUGUUCAAUGGCUGAUCAAUGGCUCUUUUAUACAGGGAAAUAACUGAAAAAAGCUACGUGUCCAGCAGAAUAACAUCAAAGCACUCAGCAUCAACUACACCCAACGUGUUUCUGAUGUCAUGAGACGUCCUUAAUCAUGGGUACUAAGCAGUCUUAGCUGCAACAUCAACAGCAAUGGAUGCUCCUUGGCGCCAAGGUGGCAGGGGGCGAGCAAGAGGUCGGGGUGUUUCUUUAAAUGGUGGUCCAUCUCCUGCUCCAGGACCUGCAUCAGUGCCUGCCAGAAGUGCUCCCUUCACCAGUGGUCCUUGGUCUGGUGCUGGAAGGGGAAACGUUUCCUAUGCGUCUGUCAGUAAGCCUGCUCAUACAGUGGAUGUGAAAAGUGAAGUUAAUGCUGAGACCACGAAAAAGAAGUUUGAGGAUAUUCAGAAAGCCAACCAAGCAGCGGUGAAGAAACUUGCAGACAACUACAGCUCUUCUGAGGAGGAUGAGGAUGAUGCUGAUGGAGAUGAAGGAAAACAGAAGAGGAUAUUAGAUUUAACAUUCACCACUUACACAAACCAGACGGAUGGUGAUACCAGUGAAUUGGCUCGUACUAAACAAUAUGUCAGCGAGGCCUUUCAAUCUGGAGCCAUGACUUGCUUGAUAUGCAUUGCCUCAGUAAAGCGAAACCAAGCUGUCUGGAGCUGCUUUGGCUGUUACUGCAUAUUUCACAUGCCGUGCAUCCAGAAGUGGGCCAAGGACAGCAUAUUCCUUGUGUCUUCACCAUUGACAGAUGACAACUUUGAAAAAAAAGAUUAUCCUUGGCCCUGCCCAAAGUGUCGCUACGAAUAUAAGAGGUCACAGACCCCUGCUAGGUAUUACUGUUAUUGUGGAAAAGUAGAAGACCCUCCCCUGGACCCAUGGCUUGUCCCACAUUCUUGUGGACAAGUUUGUGAAAAAGUAUUUAAACCCUCAUGUGGGCACAAAUGUUUGCUGUUGUGCCAUCCAGGUCCAUGUCCACCAUGCCCAAAGAUGGUGACCACCACCUGCUAUUGUAAGAAAGCAAAGCCUGUUCCUAGAAGAUGCAGCACCAAAGAAUGGUCCUGUCAGCAGCCUUGCAGAAGAAUGCUGCUGUGUGGACAACACAAGUGUGAGAAUCCUUGUCAUAAAGGAGACUGUCAGCCGUGCCCAAGAGUCAGCAAACAAACUUGUCUUUGUGGAAAAAAGGUUGCCGAACGGUUGUGUGCAAGUCCAACGUGGCAAUGUGAUGUUGUUUGCAGAAAAACGUUAUCUUGUGGGAACCACACGUGUGAGCAGGUGUGCCAUGCUGGACCAUGCGGACAGUGCCCCCGUCAAGGGAAUCGAUUGUGUCCAUGUGGAAAAACAAAGUACACCUUGCCCUGCACAGAAGAUGUCCCUACAUGUGGUGAUAGCUGUGACAAAGUGCUAGAGUGCGAGAUGCACAAGUGUUCUCAGCGCUGCCAUAGAGGCCCUUGUGAAACAUGCAGACAGGAGGUUGAGAAGCAUUGUCGGUGUGGCAAGCACACAAAGCGAAUGCCUUGUCAUAAGCCUUAUUUAUGUGAAACCAAAUGCCCCAAGACCCGGGAUUGCCAGAGGCAUCAGUGCAAAAGAAAGUGUUGCUCAGGAAACUGUCCUGGCUGCGAUCAGCAAUGUGGACGUACACUGGGAUGUCGGAAUCACAAGUGCCCCUCCGUGUGCCACAGAGGAAGCUGCUAUCCUUGUCCUGAAAACAUUGAUGUGAAAUGCAAUUGUGGAAAGACUGUACUUACUGUUCCUUGUGGCAGAGAACGUAGCACCAAGCCUCCCCGGUGUAAGGAGCUAUGCAGUCACCCAUCUACGUGCCACCAUGAGGCCAGGGAGAAACACAGAUGCCACUUCGGUCCUUGCCCACCCUGCCGACAGAUUUGUCAGAGAACAUUACAGAAGUGUGGUCACCUGUGCCCCACGUCAUGCCAUGAUGAGGCUCUUGUUAAACAGAAAGUCCUGCCCCAGCCUGCUGGUCCAUGGGAACAACCUUGUGAACCUGCUUAUAUCCAGACCGCAUUGCCAUGUCCUCCCUGUAUUGUUCCCAUAUCUGUGGAGUGCCUUGGCAAACACGAGGUGAGUCCCUUACCAUGUCAUGCAUCUGGUCCUUUCUCUUGUAAAAGACCAUGUGGACGUCUGCUUCCUUGCGGCAAUCACACCUGUCAAAGAGAAUGUCAUAAAGUCACCAAAGAUAGUGGCAACAAAGAAAAGUCUGCUCCAGAGUGCUUUAUGUGUGAGGAAGAAUGCUCAAAACCUCGACCACCAGGAUGCCCCCAUCGCUGCAAUCUACCAUGUCAUCCUGGAGAAUGUCCAGUAUGCAUUCAGAUGAUCAGGACUAAGUGCCACUGCAAGAUUAGUAGUCUUUAUAUUGAAUGCAGAAAACUGACCUUGGCUGGUGAGGAAGAAAAGAAUAUGUUGACUUCAUGCAAAAAUCAGUGUCCAAAAGAGCUGCCCUGUGGACAUCGGUGCAAAGAGAUUUGUCACCAAGGAAAUUGUACUCCUCAUUGCACCCAGAAAGUUAAAUUGCGAUGCCCAUGCCGUAGAAUUAAAAAGGAGAUGCAGUGUAAUACUGCACGUGAAGGUCAGGUUUCUGUAGAGUGUGACUCUCUGUGCCUGGAAAUGAGGAAGAAAGCUGUAGAGAUUAAAGAAGAAGUAGAAAAGGCCGCAAAUGAAGAAGAGAAACGUAGACAACAGGCUGAAUUAGAAGCUUUUGAAAAUCGCCUGAAAGGAAAGAAGAGGAAGAACAAGAAGAAAGAGGAAGUGGAAAUCCAACCAUCCGUAUGGCAGAAAUACAAGAAUUAUAUACUAAUGCCUGUGUGUGGUGUUGCUUUGGCUGUGUUCACACUGUACCUCACUCAGAUCAAUAUAUGACAAGCUGAUAUCCAUAAGAGGGAAUUAUGUCUUUGACGUAUUAUAUAGGGAUCACUGUGCUAGCUACACACAAACACUUGCACAAUGUAAAAUAAAAUGUAUAAAAACUGUACAACAGUUAAAGGAGAUAUUUAGUCUUAUAAUAAUGUAUACACCAGUCUGCAAUUAAUCCCUGUUAUUCCCUUUUUAAUAUAAUAAAUAAUCAAAUAACCUGAUUAUUGAUAAUGUACAGUUUUUAUCUUUUUUUUUUGUUCACUGUUCUGUUAUUCAUCUCAAAAAAGUGCAAAUGAAUGAAUUUUCAUUAUAUACAGUGGGGCAAAAAAGUAUUUAGUCAGCCACCAAUUGUGCAAGUUCUCCCACUUAAAAAGAUGAGAGAGCCCUGUAAUUUUCAUCAUUGGUAUACCUCAAUUAUGAGAGACAUAAUUAUGAUUUUUAAAGAAUUUUUAUUAGCAAAUUAUGGUGGAAAAUAAGUAUUUGGUCAAUAAAGAAAGCUCACCUCAAUACUUUCUUAUAUACCCUUUGUUGGCAAUGACCAAUGAGGUCAAACGAUUUCUGUAAGUCUUCGCAAGGUUUUCACACACUGUUGCUGGUAUUUUGGCCCAUUCCUCAAUGCAGAUGAUCUCUAGAGCAGUGAUGUUUUGGGGUUGUCGCUGGGCAACACGGACUUUCAACUCCCUCCAAAGGUUUUCUAUGGGGUGGAGAUCCGGAGACUGGCUAGGCCACUCCAGGACCUUGAAAUGCUUCUUACGAAGCCACUCCUUCAUUGCCCAGUCGGUGUGUUUGGGAUCAUUGUCAUGCUGAAAGAGCCAGCCACAUUUCAUCUUCAAUGCCAUUGCUGAUGGAAGUAGGUUUUCACUCAAAAUCUCAUGAUACAUUCUUCCUGGUCCCUUAGCAGAAAAACAGCCUUUAAAGCAUGAUGUUUCCUCCCCCCAUGCUUCACCGUAGGUAUGGUGUUCUUUGGAUGCAACUCUUUCUCCUCCAAACAUGAUGAGUUGAGUUUUUACCAAAAAUUUCUACUUUGGUUUCAUCUGACCAUAUGACAUUCUCCCAAUAAACUUCUGGAUCAUCCAAAUGCUCUCUCGCAAACUUCAGACUGGCCUGGACAUGUACUGGCUUAAGCAGGGGGACACGUCUGGCACUGUAUGAUUUGAGUCCCUGGCGGCGUAGUGUGUUACUGAUGGUAGCCUUUGUUACUUUGGUCCCAGCUCUCUGAAGGUCAUUCACUAGGUCCCCCCAUGUUGUUCUGGGAUUUUUGCUCACCGUUCUUGUUAUCAUUUUGACCCCACGGGGUGAGAUCUUUUGUGGAGCCCCCCAAUCGAGGGAGAUUAUCAGGUGUUGGAGUUGUAUGUCUUUCAUUUUCUUAAUAAUUGCUGCUCCCACAGUUGAUUUCUUCACAACAAGCUGCUUGCCUAUUGCAUAUUCAGUCAUCCCAGCCUGGUGCAGGUCUACAAUUUUUGUUUCUGGUGUCCUUCGACAGCUCUUUGGUCUUGGCCAUAGUGGAGUUUGGAGUGUAACGGUUUGAGGUUGUUAAUUAAUUAAUUAAUUAAUUAAUGAAUUAAUACAGGUAACGAGUGGAGGACAGAGGAGACUCUUAAAGAAGAAGUUACAGGUCUGUGAGAGCCAGAAAUCUUGCUUGUUUGUAGGUGACCAAAUACCUAUUUUCCACCAUAAUUUGCGAAUACAUUCUUUAAAAAUCAGACAAUGUGAUUUUUAUAGAUUUUUUUUUUCUUAUUCUGUCUCUCAUAGUUGAGGUAUACCUAU